AUGGCCACUUCAUUAACUACCGAACAACUGAAACGGAUUGAACGGAAUCGAGCAGAAGCUUUGCGACGAAUGGCUUUACGACAGGAACGUGAAGGGAAGCCGGAAAACAUGAAACAUAUAAAUACAGUGAGUAGUUGUUCCACCACUGGUGCUACUUCAGACACAUCCGUAAAAGCACAGAUGAUGUUACGACCAGGACUAUGGUCUUUAAAUUCAUCCAGGAAGGUAUCUGUCACAGUUCGGGAUGAAAGUAAACCUGUACAACUAUCUGUAACAAAUGAACAUGAUGGAUCGAAGCUACCUGCAGCAGUUGCAUCCGACCACUCAGUACAACCUAUGACACAUCGUACUGAGCAACAACAACCAUCAACGUCUGCGUCAUUUGUUCCAUUGAAGGCUAAACUGGAUCGUAAAGCAUUACCUGUAUUGUCACCUAUUAAACGACCUCCCGUUGUUACAACCGUUCAUCUUAAGCGAACUACUGUCAACGUUAUUUUUAAGCUUAUUGACACUAAAUAUUUUCAGGUGCAAUUCACUCCAUUCAGUCAAUCAAUUCUGUCUGCUCUGAAAACAAUUCCAUCUAGGAUUUACAUUCCUAAGAUCACAGCAUGGUCAUUUCCUUUGGAAGAUAUUUGUACAGUUGAGAAUGUCUUGCAAUCAUUGGAUGAUGUCUCGUUAGAAAUUGAAAAAUUUUCCGAUCAUGUUGUUAAGACAUUGUUAACUUACCGUAAAUCAAAUGUUGGCUUGAACGAACCCAAUCUUGAGAAGCAUAUUGAAAAAACACUGGUUGAUGCUUUUUUUCCGUACCAGCGUCGAGGUGUAAUAUAUGGUGUAAUGAGAAGAGGUCGACUGCUUCUGGCUGAUGAAAUGGGUCUUGGCAAAUCGAUCCAGGCUCUUGGUAUAGCUCGGUAUUUUAAAUGUGAUUGGCCUCUGCUUAUUAUAUGUCCAUCGUCUGUAAAAUUCUCGUGGUUGAAUCAGUUCGAAAGUUUUUUACCGGCUGUUGGUGAAAUUAUCGUUAUCGAAAAAGGAAGUGAUCGUUUGCCAUUAAAAAAAACCAAGCAAAUGGUGGUAAUUAUGAGUUAUGAUUUAAUGGUUUCCAAACAGUCUCAUCUUAUUGAAUACGACUUUAAAGCAAUCAUUUUUGAUGAGUCGCAUUUGCUGAAGGAUAGUAAUGCUCAAAGAACCAAAGUUGCUACGAAUAUUUCAAAAAAAGCAUUACGAGUUAUUUUGCUGACUGGAACGCCAGCUCUUUCACGUCCAGUUGAACUAUUCAGCCAAAUUCGUAUUAUCGAUUCUAAGAUGUUCCCAAAUUACCGCGACUUUGCAAUUCGGUACUGUGAUGGUAAACAGGGGAAAUACAGUUUUGAAGCCAAGGGCUGUACAAAUAGUGAUGAGUUAGCAAUAAUUUUAACGGGUACCGUCAUGUUGAGGAGGUUGAAAAAUGAUGUCCUUAAUGAUCUUCCAAUGAAGAAACGAGAAGUUGUUAAUCUAACGGAUGAUUCCAUUUAUACAAAUAUUAGCAAAUUGCGAGAAGCAAAGGCUGCUUAUAGUGGUGCUAAGGAUAAUGAUACAAAGCAUCAAAGGCUGGUUGAGUACUACUACGAAACGGGAAUUGCUAAAGCGAAGAGUGUUGCUCGGUAUAUUAUUGAUCAUUAUUUUUAUGAUGAUGCACCAAAAAAGAAAGUGCUAAUAUUUGCUCAUCAUCAAGUUGUUUUGGAUAUGAUAUCAAUAGACGUCGCGAAAAAGGGGUUGCGAUCGAUACGAAUCGAUGGUACUACGGCUAGCCGGUUACGUGAUGAGCAAUGUCGGUUGUUUCAGGAAAAUGAUGAUGUUAUGGUUGCAGUUUUAUCAAUAACUGCUGCAGGUAUCGGUGUCACUCUAACUGCUGCAUCGGUUGUUGUAUUCGCUGAAUUACAUUGGAAUCCAGGUACUUUGAAGCAAGCUGAAGAUCGUGCUCAUAGACUUGGACAGAAAGAUUCAGUUUUCGUUCAAUAUUUAAUUGCUAAAGGUACAGCAGAUGAUAUAUUGUGGCCGCUAAUUCAAAAGAAACUUGAUGUUUUGCAUUCAUGCAGUUUAUCGUCCGAUACCUAUCGUGGCACGGAUAGCGUUCAAACAACUAUGGGUCCUGAAAGUGGUGGCUUAGAGGAUCACUUUCCAAAGAUUAAACGAAUCAGAUCUACUGCAGAGUAA